AUGUCUUUCAAAGGUCUCGGUAAGGCUGUUGUUCGGGCACCGCAGUCUAUUAAGCAGAGAUUCAACGUGGGCGAACAGACCAGCGAUGUGGUGUAUGCAGACGCAGAGCGGCGCUUCAAGGAUUUGGAGACGGAGACCCAGAAGCUCGGCACUGAGGCAAAACGCUACUUUGCCGCUGUUAACGGGAUGCUGCAGCACCAAAUAUCGUUUGCGCAGGCCAUGGAGGAGAUCUUCAAGCCCAUCAGUGGGGUAAUGUCUGAUCCCACAGCGGUUCUCCCUGAAGACAACCCCAAGGGCAUAGAAGCAUCCGAGCAGUAUCGUUCAAUUGUCAAUGAGCUGCAGUCCGUGCUUUCGCCGGACCUCGAGCUCAUCGAGGACAAAGUUGUGCAGCCUGUGCAGGAUCUGCUCAAGAUCAUCGGCACAGUACGCAAGAUGGCCACCAAGCGCAACCACAAGAAGCUUGACUUGGACCGCCGCCUCAACACCCACCGCAAGUAUGAGUCCAAGCGGGAGCGCUCCCCUAAAGACGAUGAGAAGCUCUACAAAGCUGAAGCAGAGCUCCAGGUUGCUCGCCAGGAAUACGACUACUACAACGACCUGCUCAAGACGGAGCUGCCCCAACUCUUCGCCCUCCAGGCCGAGUUUGUCCGUCCGCUCUUCGUCUCUUUCUACUACAUGCAGCUCAACAUCUUCUACACCCUCCACAACGCCAUGCAGGACUUGCGUAUCCCGUACUUCGACCUCGCCUCCGACAUUGUCGCCCGCUUCGAGGCCAAACGUGGCAAUGUCGAGGAGCAGGCCGACGCACUAACCAUCACCCACUUCCGCGUCGGCUACUCCCGCAACAAGCUCGAGCUCACCAAGCGUCGCUACGGCUCAGAGGCCUCUCCUUCCCCUACCGCCACUUUCCGCUCCACUCCCCUGGACCCCCCAGCCUACUCCGAGCCUUCCUACGGCUCCUCUAGUGCCAGUCCUGCUACCACAGCCGCACCAGAAACGUGUAUCGCGUUAUACGACUUCGCAGCCCAGGCUGAUGGCGACCUGUCCUUCCCUGUGAAUGCAAUCAUCGAGAUUCUGGACCGCUCCGACGCCGCCGGUUGGUGGACGGGGCGCUAUAAUGGCCGUGAAGGCCUCUUUCCAGCUAACUACGUCGCACUGAAGCACUGA